CAAGUCUGCUGUUUGCUUUCCAACUUGGCCUUUUAUUAUACUUCAAGGAGAAAAGUAAAGAUGUUGAAACUGAUUCUGAUCUUAUCAACAUACCUAUACGUUUUUACUGCUGUAAAUGCAGACUAUGACCAUUGCAUUACAACGCUACUUGAACUACCGACAUGCGUUGAUAAAGCAUAUACAGAUAAAAAUAUUAGUCCGAAAGACAACGUGUGGAAAUGCUUAGAAUAUCCAAUAUGUAAAGAACGAUACAUUGAAUGUGUGGAAAAAAGAUUUGUCACAUGUGACGAUAAAGAUUUCGUACGGGAAACGAUUUCAAUGAUUGCAAACGCUUCUGUUAACCAACAAUAACUCUAAUUCUCUGCAUAUGAAUAUUUAAAACACUGUUGAUUAAUUAGACAAUAGAGUUUAUUAAUGGUAAUAAUACCCUAGUGACAGAC